UCCUGCGAGGGAGGCUCCUCCCCGCCUCGCCCCCCCUCCUCGGGAGGGACGCCCGGGAAAACGGCCUUCGCUCCACGGGGGCUUUGGCCGCAAUCUUAACUCUUUUGACCGCCCUGGGAGCGCCGGGGCCACGAAGCGAAUCCCCGGCAGCUGCCCCACUGGGGUCUGGUUUCCGGCGGGCGAGAGGAAAGCCCCACGGCGCCCCUGCUCAGAGCCUGGCCGGCUGCCCCCAACCCGCGUGCCGUGGAAAGGCCCGCCAGAGCCCCCGGGGACCCCGCGGAGAGGAGCAGCCGGGCAGGAGGGGCGGCUCAGCGCUCCACGCGGGGACCUUCCCGAGGGGCCGCCCAUCGCGGGGCGGGGCAGGACAGACUCCGUGCCGGGAAACGAAACCAAAAGCUCCGGCGUCCCUUUUUCUCCUGGGCGGCGGCUCUGUGGGCUGAGCGCAGCUGCCUUUCAGCGGGAGGGAAAGUUGCGGCCUCGGUCCAGGCUCCGGUGAGGAGGGGGCUGCUCCCCGCCCUUGGCCCGAGAGAUCGGAGGCCCUUCGGAGGGGCGGCUGUGCUGGGCGAAGGGCCGAAGAGGCUUUGCAGGUUCCGCAAAGGGCGAAAGAGAACCGAAGAGCCCCAUGGCAGCAUCAGGGGAGGAGACAGCCUUGGGGCAGCUGGGCCAGGAGGCCACCUGCCCGCUCUGCUUGGACUUCUUCCAGCACCCGAUGGGCCUGUCCUGCGGGCACAACUUCUGCCGCAACUGCCUGGCCCAGCUGGGCGCCGAGUUUUCCUGCCCCCAGUGCAGAGCCAAGGUGGAGCCUGGCAGCGCCUGCCCCAACCGGCCCCUGGCCAGCAUCGUCUGCCAUCUGAAGAGGCUUCGGCUGUCUGGGGGAGCCCAGGAGGAGAGCCGCCGCCGCCAGCUGUGCCAGGAACACGGGCAGCCCCUGCAGGCCUUCUGCUCCCGUGAGAAGAGCCUCCUCUGCUCCGGCUGCCUGGGGGGGCACCAGGGCCACCCCCUCCUCUCUCUGCCCGAGGCUGCCCAGGAGUACAAGAACCUGCUGGAUGGCCUCCUGGAGCCCCUGAGGAAGGAGGGGCAGAAGCUGCUGGAACAGAGGAAGGCAGAAGAGAAGAGCCGGCAGGAGUGCCAGGAGCAAUUAGCCGCCGAGAAGCAGAAGGUGGGCCUGGCGCUGGAGUCGCUGCAGGAGCUGCUCGGGGAGAGGCAGCCGGUCUGGCUGGCCUGGCUGGCCGAGCAGGAGGAGAAGAUGGAGGAUGAGUGGGGGGUCGCCCUGGCCCAGCUUUCCGCGGAGGCCUCCCGCCUGCAGCAGCUGAUGGCCCAGACGGAGAGGAAGUGCCGCCAGACGGACGGGGAAUUCUUGCAGGACAUCCAGGACACCGUAGACAGGUGCCGGAGUCACGUGGUGGGUCGCGUAGAGAGGGUCUCUCCCAGGCUGCAAGGCAGACUCAAGGCCCUCUUGGAGAAAAACGCUUCUGUAAGGAAGGUUGUGGACAAUUACAAAGCCACUCUGCGGACGAUUCUGACCAGGGAGAAUCUGGAGCGACUUCUGGCCACGGCACCUGCUCCACGGAAGCCGAUGUCUAAAGUCUACGUCGAGCUGAACCACUCGACCGCCCACCCCCGGCUCCGGUGCAAGGGAUCCACGCUGAAUUGGGCCGACAGGUAUCAGGAUUGCCCGGAGACGCCGGAGAGGUUCGACCGGGAAUUCUGUGUCCUGGGCUGUCAGGGAUUCACCACAGGAUGGAACUGGUGGGAAGUGUCCGUGCAGCAGGCAAACAAAAACGCCCCUGUGUGGGGCAGAAUGUGCUGGGCCAUCGGGGUGGCCAAGGAGUCCGUCCGCAGGAAGGGGAGCUUCCAGCUGAGCCGCCAGGAGGGAAUCUGGGCCGUGGGGAUGAGUGUUGGGGGGGAGAUGGUCGCUUUGUUCAAGGGCCUGCAGAAGCUGAGCGUGAGGAGGCCGCUGCGGAGGCUGCGGGUGAGGCUGGGCUACGAGGCAGAAGAGGUGGAGUUCCUGGACGCGGAGACGGAGGCUUCCCUCCACACCUUCCGGACGGGGCCCUUCCUUGGGGAGACGCUCCGGCCUUUUUUCUAUCUGGGCCAAGAGUGGGUCACCCUUUCAAUGUGAGGAAUAUCUUAUGAAAAGUAUUUGGGGCUGGUAGUCCUCAGCUUACGACAGUUCAUGUAGUGACCAAAGUUACCCCAGCACUGAAAAAAGCGACGUGUCAGGGUUCCAAGGAACACCCCCAACGAAAUAAAGCUCUGAAGUUUGAGGUUCCUCAAAGUUCCAAUUUAUUAAAAAGGUCAUGUUGGCACAGCUGGGAAAACCCAAAAAAUUUUCCACACCCACGCAUCCACAAGUUCAUCACAUUGUCCAAUCGACUCUUCACACUCAAUUGGACACAAUCUUCAGGCAGUCUACAUCAGACGUAGGCAAAAGUCCUUAAUAUGGAAUGUUGUUAUGACUAACUUUCUAUCGCUCCAACAACAACCCCCUCCCAACUUCCCCAGCUAAAAUAUGUGGCAGUUAAGAAGCAAAAAGAAAAUUGUCUUCCAAAACUGACAGGACGUAUGAUCAUUUCCCACACUUAACGCCCAUUGGCAGCAUCCCCAGGGUCACCUGAUCCAAAUUUGGAUGCUUGGUGACUGACUCGCAUUUACGAUGGUUGCAGCGUCCUGUAAUCACGCGAUCCCCUCUGACCAGCAAAGUCCAUGGAAGAGCCAGAUUCACUCAACGGCCAAGUGACUCAUUUAAGAAACUGCAGUAAUUCGCUUAGCAUAUGUGGCGAGAAAAGUCGUAAAAUGGGGCAAAACAAAUUUCUCACUUAGCAACAUCAAUUUUGGGCUCAACUGUGGUUGUAAGUUGAGGACUACCUGUUCUAAGGCUCCACCUUAGCCACCUCCCCAAUUCCUGCUCAUGGGUCCUUUUCCCGGGGGGGGGGGGGCGGGCGCGGAGAGGCGUGGACGUAACUUGAAGCCACAGAGGUGGGGCUGUAGAGGAGGCUGCUGGGCUCAGCCCCACCUCCUGGCGCCUUCGAGACCUCAUCUGGCAAGAGGACCAGAUGUUGCCCAUUGUCCUCUGGGGCGUCCUUCCAACCCUCUAGUCUGCUAGACUGUUUCUUGGUGGUCUCCCCUCCACACACCAUGUGCUCAGUCCAGGCUGGUUGUGGGCUGCCAAGAGCGAUGCCUCCUGGCCCCUCUGAGCCCCUUUUGAAGUGCCCCUUGUGUGGAUGCCGCCUCCUGCUAGGUGCUGUGACCUUGUUGUGCGUUAACACGAUGUUUCUCCACCUUGGCAGCUGGGAGAUGUGCGGACUUCAACUCCCAGAAUUCCCCAGGCGGCAUAGCUACCUGGGGACUUUCGGUGCUGGAAGUCCCUGCAUCCUCCAGGUGCUGCCAAGGUUGGCCGUCCCUGCCUUACUCUGUGGCUGGCAGUUUAGAUGAGAGAGAGACUGUUUUAUAAUCAAUAAAAGUGAUAUCUUAAUAUCUCCCUGUUAUUCUACAUUUACGUUGCUCUGAAUUUUCAAAUGUUACUUCAAGUUUCUUAUUAAAAAAAGCAACAUGUUUAUA